AUGUAUCCAGAACCUGGUGAGAAACUCAUACACGAGGAAGAAGAUUUCGAUUUUCUGGACGUCCUGGACGGCGCAAGUUCGCAGCUCGCAUCUGACGGGAGGGACUAUGUUUACGCCUUGCUCAGUCACCCCAGCGCCACACUCUCCGAUGGAGAGCUCAUCGUGGAACCGGACUACACCAAGACGAAACAACAUGUAUUCAAAGAUGUUGCUUUGCGCCUCAUCGAAGAGACUAAGAGUUUGCGGAUUCUCGCCGUGGUCAGUCCAAACAAAGAUCAUCUGUCUAAUGAUGGCUUUCCCACUUGGCUUCCACAGUGGGAUGGUCUUAGGGAGAAUUGUCCAGGCUCUUUUAAGUGCAGGCUUACCAGCAACCUCAGCUUCGCUGCUCCUGGCUACGAUCCACCCUUAUACUGGUAUAUCUCAGCCGGCAAGACCGACCUUCAUGUUCGGGGUUACGUUGUCGAUGUGAUCGAUGAGGUCACCAUUACUAUCCGGAUUCCUGAGCAUUCUCUCAAACGCCCCAAUGACAGGCCGUUCUACGAGAUCGAAAAUUGGCCCCUUCCUGCCGCACCUGCAUUCCGGUCAAGACAAAAUUCUGAUCUCAAGAGUCGACUAUCUGAAAUUUGUUGCACUUUACUGGCGAAUGGCCGACGGAAACCGUUGGAAAGAGAGUAUUACGACUUUUGCCGAUUUCGACACCACAUCCUCUCAUGUGCCUCAGUCUUUGAUGGGAAAACCCCUCGCCAUCCAAUUGCGCCUGAGGGGUUUGGAGAGCUGUGCGCAUCGGCCAGUUUAGCAAAACAACUUCAUUUCAUCCCAGAGAUCGUCCUGGCCAAUUGUAAUAACAGAAAGCUAUUCUCUACAAAGGCAGGCCGGCUUGGACUUGGAUCCCAUCUUGUCGAGAGUGGGGACCUGUGCUGCGUCGUCCAUGGCUGCUCGGUUCCCUUGAUACUCCGAAGAGAUCGCCAUGGUUACAGAAUGCUGGGCGCGGCUUAUGUCCAGGGCUUCAUCAUUGGAGAAUCUGGUCCUGAUGAUGGUAGCGAAGCAUUUCAAGAGCAGGAAUUUGUUUUGUUCUAG